CCCUUAGCACAAGCUGUUCCAACAAAGAGAUCUCAGUCAUCAAGUCCAUCACUUAAUAAUUCUCCAUUUGCAAGCCCAACACACAGGUUCUCAUCUGGUGGUUGACAGAAAGGAUUGAUGCAGAGGUUUUAUGCAUCACAUGGAAGGAUGAGAAUUUAUGCUGCUCCAAGGAAUACUGUACCUGUUGUUGUUUCUCCUCCUUCUGUUUCACCUGUACAUAACCAGCCUACAAUUCAAAGGAAGAUCAUUGACAUCAAUAGUGGGAAUGAUUCACAGGAUUCAGAUGAAGACCUGGUAAAGACUCCAGUGAGAAAGGGCUACCAAUCAGCUGAAGAGAAGAUACAAGCAGAGUUACAAGAGAUGCAAAAACGGGAAGAAGAAUUGAGGUUGCUGAGAGCAAAACUAUUUGCUCAGUCACAGCCAAAUCUUUUGAGCAUUGGUAGUAUUGAGGAAGAAGAAAUUAAUCAUAUCAAUGGUAAUGGAGGGAAACAGACUUUGCAGAGUGCACAGUCUAUUCCAAACCUCUUAGAUUCUGAUGAUUCAUUGGAUGUUUCACAGGAUCCGGCUUCACAAAAGUUUCAGAAAAAUUCCCCAAGAAAAAGAAGUGCACUGAUUGCUGAGUGGGAGAGCAGGAUCCAAAAAAAUUCAGAGCAUUGAUCAUGACCUCUGAACCACCACCAAUGAAAAUGUCACAUUCCAGAAUGUGUGUGGAUACAACCAAGAAACAAUACUGCCUUUGCAAUUUUACUAGACUGCUGUGUUCCCAGUAUUGUGAAGAAAUUUGUUUUUCUUAUGUAGAGUUUCUUAAUAUUAUUGUGCAAUUAUUGUUGAAGAUUUCUGACAGGACCAGAAAUAAUAAGUAUUAUUAGGGAGGUAAUACACAAUACAUUCC